AACUGACCAAUUCCCUUGUUAGGUUCCAUACACCUUAUUUUCAUGGUCUCAUCCCCACAAGUGUACCAUGCACCUUAUUUGCAUUAUUAGCAAGCUGUCCAAUCCCCUUGGUGAGCCAUAAGCACCUCAUUUGCAUAACCAUACUCAGUAAUUUGGGGGUAAUUAGAGCAUGGUGAAAAAGUCCUUACAAAAGCAAUCCAUUGCACCACACAGACUCAGCUUUUAGUUUCACAUAUUACUGAGAGUAUAGCAGAAACAGAAUCUGGUGACUGAGGAAGCGUACGUAAGAAUCUGGUGACUGAGAAAACCUAUAUAAGAGGAUGUACAGUUUCCUUCCUUAUUUCUAAGUUCAUCUUUUAUACUCCAGUGGACUCUGGCCCAGUUCUGAGAUGACUUUUGAGACCCAGGUGUUUCAGGACAUAUAUCCUGGCAACCUGUGCCUGCUUCAGCCACUGACAGUUUUGCUGCUGCUGGCUUCUGCAGAUACGCGAGCUGCAGAUCUCCCGAAGGCAGUGGUGAACCUUGAACCCCCAUGGAUCAAUGUGUUCCAAGGGGACUAUGUGACUCUGAAGUGCCACGGGGCCCACACCCCUGGGAACAACUCCAUCCAGUGGUUCCACAGAGGGAUCCCCAUCCCAACUCAGAUCCAGCCCAGCUACAGCUUUAACGCCACUGCCAGCAGCAGCGGGGAGUACAGGUGCCAGACAAGCCAGACCAGCCUCAGCGACCCUGUGCAGCUGGACGUGUUUUCCGAUUGGCUGCUGCUCCAGACCCCUCACCUGGUGUUUCAGGAGGGGGAGACCAUUGUGCUGAGGUGCCACAGCUGGAAGAACUGGAUUCUGUACAAGGUCACGUUCUACCAGAAUGGAAAAUCCAAGAAGUUUUUUGGUAAAAAUUCCAACUUCACCAUCCCACAAGCAAACCACAAUCACAGUGGAGAUUAUCACUGCACGGGAAUGAUAGGGCAAAAUCUCCAUUCAUCGCAGCCUGUGACCAUCACUGUCCAAGGUCCCGCAAAUUCACCAUUCUUUCUAUUUUGGUACCAAAUCACUUUCAUCCUGGUGAUGGGACUGCUGUUUACAGUGGACACAGGCCUGUAUCUGUCUUUGCAGAGAGACCUUCAAAGCUUAAUGGGCAACAGGAACAACUAUAAUGUCACAUGGAGCAAGAGCCCUCAGGACAAAUGACCCCUCAUCAUAUGGAGUAAUAGUAGUGGCAGCAACUCUUCAGGCUAUAUUUUUCCUCCUCUCGUAGCCCCUCCUGACAACAACCUUGGCUGAGGAGCCUCCACCCACCCCUUAGCCGCCAGGGAAAGGAAGGGCCUAUGAUUACCAGAGCUAAGUCACAGCAUACCCGACUCUUACCCCUGAGCUCUGAAGGUCACAGCCUGCCUACCUCUAUAAGGAGUCACAUCAAGUGUAUUUUCACCGACUCUGGACAGAUGCUUCUCCAAUACACAAAACAACAAUAAAUUCUGCUUCAAAAUAUAUUCAGCAAUCUGACCACUUCUCAGUUCUCUACCACUUGUACCUUGGUCCGAGACACCAUCAUCUCUCACCUGCAUUACUGCAAUAGCCUCCUAAGUAGUCUCCCUGCACUCACCCUUGCCACCCUAUUCUCAUUCUCAUCACAAUAGCCACAGUGAUCUUUUUAAAAUGUGUGCCGUAUCUGUCACAUCUUUGCUGAAAACAAUGUAAUAGCUUCCAAUUUCAUUUAGAGUAAACACUAAGGUCUUUUCAACAUCCUUCAAAGCGCUACAUGAUCUUGUUCCACACUGCCUCUCUGACCCCAUCUCCUACCACUCUUCUUUGCUCAAUCUGUUUCUUGAACACACCAAGUAUACUUCUGCCCAGGGCCUAUGUUGUUUCCUGUCUCUGAGAUCUUCUUUCUUGCACAUAUCCAUGAGGCUUGCUUCAUCACGUCCGUUAGGUCUUUACUCAAAUGUCACCUUAUCAGUGAGGCCUCCUCAACCAUUCAAUAUAAUCCUGUUUUCCCCCAUGCUCCUAAUUCUCUUUUGCUUUAUUUUUUCUCCAUUGUAUUUAUUGCCAACUGAUGUACUAUAUGUUUACUUGUUUAAUUGUUUAUAGUCAGACUUGUCCCCUCCUAUUAGAAUGUGAGCUCCAUGAGAGGAAGGCCUUUGUCUGUUUUGUUCACCAUGAUAUACUCAUAGCCUAGGUCAGUGUCUGGCAAAUGAUAAAGUGCUCAAUAAAUACUUGUGGGAUGAGUAAAUUCUUAGCAUUUGAAGUCAGAGGCUUUUAAAGCUGGAAAUUCCUUAGGAACAACGUCGACCAAUCUCAUUUUAAAACUGAGGAAGCUGUGACCCACAUAGGUGAAAUGACUUGCUCAAGUACACAUAAGUAGUUGGUGUCAUAAAUCUUUAUAUAUACAGUCUGGGAUCAUACUGUACAUUUUGUGCUACAACUUGGUUUUUUUUUUUUAAACUCAAUGUUGGAUCAUGAGCAUCCCUCCACUUCACAAUGUCUACCUAAGUGAUUAAUGUCUGCUCUAUUUUUAAAGAUUCUCAAACCAAGUUAUUAAACAUAAAUGGAUAUGUUUAAGUGUGUGUCUAAAAUUUACCCUGCGUACAUAAGCUCCUCUACGCUUAAACCUCUCUGAGUGGACAGAAAGUAAUGAGUGACUCAUUGGAAGCAUACCUGUAUGAUGCUGUGGUUAACAUCCAUGCACGGAGGGGCCUGCUUUAGGGCUACAGUUGAGACUCUUGGGAGGAGAGUGGAUUGGGUUUUGAGGCUCGUGAGGGGAG